UCCCUCUUCCAACCCACACCGCACUAGUGAGCUUACAUAAUCCUUAGAUUCCUCCCUGAUCUGCUCUCAUCCAGAUCGAGAGCUCGGCUUGUCCAGCAAUUAAUCAUGGCGAAGGACGUUGAAGGGACGGAGCAAGCGGAGUACAGCGCCAAGGACUACACCGACCCACCGCCGGCGCCGCUGAUCGACGCGGAGGAGCUCACCAAGUGGUCGCUCUACCGCGCCGUCAUCGCCGAGUUCAUCGCCACCUUGCUCUUCCUCUACGUCACCGUCCUCACCGUCAUCGGGUACAAACACCAGUCCGACACCCAGAUCAACAACCCCGACGCGGAGUGUAACGGCGUCGGCGUGCUCGGCAUCGCCUGGGCCUUCGGCGGCAUGAUCUUCAUCCUGGUUUACUGCACCGCCGGCAUCUCCGGUGGGCAUAUAAAUCCGGCGGUGACGUUGGGACUGUUCCUGGCGCGAAAGGUUUCGCUGGUGCGGGCGCUGCUGUACAUAAUAGCGCAGUGCCUGGGGGCCAUCUGCGGGGUGGGGCUGGUGAAGGGAUUCCAGCGAUCGUUCUACGUGCGCUACGGAGGCGGCGCCAACGAGCUUCAACCCGGGUACUCCAAGGGCACCGGCCUCGGCGCAGAGAUCAUCGGCACCUUCGUCCUCGUUUAUACUGUCUUCUCGGCCACCGACCCCAAGCGCAGCGCCCGCGACUCCCACGUCCCGGUUUUGGCUCCGCUUCCGAUUGGGUUCGCGGUGUUCAUGGUACACCUGGCGACGAUUCCGAUCACCGGAACAGGCAUUAACCCGGCCAGGAGUUUCGGAGCCGCAGUCAUCUACAACAAGGACAAGGCUUGGGACGACCAGUGGAUCUUCUGGGUGGGACCAGUCAUCGGAGCUGCGAUCGCAGCGGCCUAUCACCAGUACAUUUUGAGGGCGAGCGGUGCCAAGGCUUUGGGUUCUUUCCGCAGCAACGCUUGAAAUCGAUCGUCUAUCUCAGUGUUGAUCGAGUAUGGAAUUGUUUAGAUAAGAAAAUAAUAAAAUAUGGGGGGAAAACAAAGUCAAAUGGUUUCGUUCUCAUGACAAUUCCGUUUCAGCUGCAUCGAAGCAGACAUUCUGAGUGUUGCGAUUUGUGUGUGUACUCGAUCGUUGUUGUAUCCUCGUUUAUUUAAGAUGCAUCAAGUGUUUCAUUUUUCGUA